AUUUGGUCCCCUCGGAGCAAAAUGUUUUUACUUUCGCUUCCUCUUCUUCCUUCUUCGCUUCCAGGAGCCGGAGAACCUGGUCUGAGAACAGGAGGUGCUAAAUUUGUGUUGUCAGAGGCCAUCAGCAUCAGGCUUGACACAGGAUGGGAAGCAAAAAUACUAAACCACCAGAUACACCAGUCAUCCCUGCAAAGACAUCUUCAGGAAGUAUGAUCCAGAAAUUGAAGGAAGAUAUCAUGUGUUCCAUCUGUAUGGAAACCUUUGAAGACCCUGUCUCCAUUGACUGUGGACACAAUUUCUGCAGAGGAUGUUUGUCUGCCUACUGGAGUGGAUACUCUUGCCAUGGAUACCCUUGUCCCGAAUGCCGUUAUCCCUGCAGCCCUGAGAGAAUAAAAUCUGACAUACGGCUGAAGAGCUUGGUGGAAAAAAUUGGACAGAUGCCUUUACUGAAGCUGGUUGACAAAGAAUCAAGGAGAGCAGAUGUGGAGGAGGUUUCAACAACUCCAUUGCAGUUGAGGCAACCAGUGCAGCUUGUGGGUUUGGAUGAGAAUGGAGACAUUUGCCUGGAUGAAGAGGCCUUGAGCCAUUGCUUGGAGCAGGAGCAGGUGAAGGAUGCUCAUGUUUGCCUGGUUUCCAUUCUGGGAGAGCAGCGCCGUGGCAAAUCCUUCUUGCUGAAUUUUCUCCUCAGACGCUUCCAAAACCUGGUGACUGAAGAUGAUUCAUGGAUGGGUCAAGAAAAUGAGCCACUGACUGGAUUUGAUUGGCGCCCUGGAGCUGCCAGCACAACUAAAGGGGUGUGGAUAUGGAAUCAGCCAUUUUGGGUGCCCAGCGAACAUGGAAAGGUAGCUGUGUUCUUGAUAGACACUGAGGGUUCCAUGGAUUUGGAGAGAAGCAAGGAAGCUGGCAUCAAACUCUCAGCUUUCUCCAUGCUGCUCAGCUCAUACCAGAUAUUGAAUUUGGUCACCAUGAUGAAGGAUACAGACCUGGAAUACCUGGAUAUGUUCGUGUAUGUAGCCAAGGAAGUGGGACGUACUUUCAAGUUAAACCCUACUCAGCAACUCGAUGUCCUGGUGCGUGAUUGGUUCUUUCCACCCAAAUAUGGACUGCAAGAGGGCCAUAAAUACCUUCAAGAGGUCAGAGAGAAGCUUCAAUGUCAGCCAGGGAAGCACCCACAUGCCUUGGGGGCCCUCGUGAAUGUCAGUACACGCUGUUACCUGAUGCCCUUCCCAGGCAAAAAAUCAGUGAUAGGAUCUGGGGGCACUCUUGCAGACAUGGAUGAUGAUUUUAGGGAAUGCCUAAAGGAUUAUGGGAAUGAUGUAGCCAGAUCAGCAGGAAUGCAUGUCAAGAGAAAUGAAGAAGGGACAGCACUCACAGGUGCAGAGCUUGCAUCCAAAAUCAAGAAGUUUGCAUCUGUCAUGAAGCAGCACCAGUUUGGCUUCACCUCAGCUACACAGAUGGCCAUCAUUAUAUACAAUCUAGUCACCCUGGAGGCCUUGCGGGAGGAAUUUGCAGAGUUCAUCAAAAAGCAGGAUCAGAGCUCAGCCACCAUGGUUACAACCCUACGUGUUACUCCAAAAUCAAUGGUUCAGCGUCUUCGAAGCAAGCAACAGCAGCUGGUCCAACGCUGUGAAAUUUCACUGCAGGGAGAUGAACCCGGUCGAACAGAUUCCGUAUUGCAGUUUGAAUCUCACCUGCAGGCUGAUGCUAAAGUUUUCCAGGAAUGCUACAGCCGUCGUUACAAAUCCUAUGCCCUCAAAGCUGGUUUGGCCCUUGGAGUGGGUGCUAUUGGAUUUGCUGGUGGGGCCAUUGGGGCUGGUGUGGCAGGAGCCAUCCUGGCUGCAGAAGCCAUUGUAGUGGGCACUGGUACAGCUGCAACAGUUGCCAUUGGGACUGCGGCUGGAGCAGGCACCUUAGGCCUUAUUGGAGGAGGUGUGGGAGCAAGUGUAGGCAACAGAAUAGGGGUGCGUAGGGUCCAGGAAGCUGAGCAUCUGGAUAAAAGUGAUGCCACGGCUGAAGAACCAGAAGAUAAUCUGUCAGAUGAGACAUUCCUUAUUGACCGACGGGACACACAUUAGAAUUGACAGAGGCAGAUGUGUGGCUUAGAUUUCCUCUGAAGACAGUUGGAAGGUGGUAGGAUAACACCAUCUGAUGUCAAUGGGUGAUGGGCAAAGCCUGAUAUGCCAUCUUCUGACCCUUGAAUUAUCGAUCUCCCCUU